AUGAAGAAGAAGAAACCCAAAACAUCCUCUAUUUUUGGAUUCGUUGCAGUUUUGUUCUGCAACUUUGGCACUCCACAAUGGCAGUGGCAAUCCACAGCGUUCCAUCCUGCAACAGGCCAACGGCCGCUGAGAUCCUUUCUAACAAGACAGUCUCCCUCAACGGCACUCUUUCUCCAAAAAGAAGAACCAAUCGAACUGACAUCCUACCAAUCAGCUCUCUGUAUCAUUCCUCCCGAUGAAUGCUGGGAUACGCUGCAACGAGCCCGUCAUUUUGCAGGAGAUCAAGCAUAUCAUCAAUGGCCUCCCGCGAUACGGUUGUUUCAUCCCUUUUGUCCUCGCGACCAGUCGUCCGAGUUUGCAUUGGAAGUGCUUUCCAAAGUAGUCGAACGCCACAAUAUUCAACCCUUUUCCAUUACACUCAAUCGAUGGACGGUCAUGCCCGUUCCAGAAAACUUGUCGCCGUUGCGAUCCACAACAGACGAAGAAGAAGAUGUGUCACUAGAAGACGAUGAUUCUCCCAUUCAAAUCGACCCGCACGAUGAGGAAAUUCAAGAGCUCAUAGCCGAGGAAGCAACUGUGGGAGUAGAACGAAAAAAGCUACGAGAAUUCAGACGAAAACAAAAAAGUAUCCUGAAAGAGCUGGAACAACACAACAGUAACAAUACACUAGGCGAUGAUUCGUUUGAAAGAACCAUUGCAGCACUGCUUGCCGCACCCGAAGAGGAGGAAGAAGAAAGACCACCGCCAACACCAGAACCCCCGCAACCACCAGUCGACGAAUUCAAUGGACCUGCCAUUAUUGCCUUGGAACCAGAUGAACGAAGCAGCCAGAAAAUUGCAAUGCUCAGAGAGCUACUACGUCUGGAACUAGCUGGAGAUCAUCAAGCUGCGGAAGCACUAAUGGAGAAGAACCGAUCUCGUAACGUGUGGGCAGGUGGUUUUGAUGAUGACAGUGAUGAGGAACAACAAUUACUGCAAGGUGACGACGAACAGGAUCCCUUUCGACCGUUGAUACCCAUGGGGCGAUUUCCAACUACGGAUGCUGCUCUGCAAACAGCACGAAAGCUCAAGGGAUUGUGGGAUCCCUUGUCUUUUGAAGUUACAGAGUUGCAUUGUAUCACGCAAGCUCAGAGAACAUUGACAGCAGAAACCAGCAACAACAUUCAUCGCAGAAUACAAGUGGAAAGAGAGCUACCAAGCAUUCCCUUUGGAUGUGAUGCCAUGGUUAUGCUGAUGGGAGAAGAGCUAGAAAUGGAUGAUGAAUCCAAUCAACUACUCGCGAAUCACGUUUGGGAGGAAGGCAAUCUUGGUGGAUACUUUCAGGAUGAACAAAGCAUGGAAUCGCCACUGGAUGCAGCAGAAGAGGACGACUCGGACGAAUUUACUAACAGAUACCAAGAACGAAUGAUUCUUUGA